GCCGCCGAUCAUUCAGGGCAUAAAGUUUGCGAUCUGCGACAUUGUGAUCACCGCUGUCAGAAAGUCAAGCAAGGGCCAGCACAGGGCUCUCUCAGUUAUCCGAAACGCACGUCCUCCUUACCGCUUCCACGAUGCCGGCCACACAAAACGCUGCUGCUGCUGCCGCCUCGCCAGCAUCUACAACUGCAACAACAUCGACGUCGACACCGCAGCCCGCGAAACCGGCCGUCGUCUACCGCGAUGCGCGCUACGGAGAGCUCCCGGCCGUUGCGCACGUCUACGCGCUCGCGUUCUGGGACGACCACAUUUUCGGCCACCUGAUCCACCCCAAGCGCGACCAGUUCCCGCUCGACUCGGAUCUGUACUGGCUGCGUCGCGCGCGCGUCAACUACUGGGACUACCGCUACAAGUGGCUCGUUGCGGUCGUGCCGGACGAGAAGGCUGCAGGCGGGGAGAAGGUGGUUGGCGUGGCGCAGUGGGAGCGCAUCGGCGAUGGUGGCAAGGCGCUCGAGUGUGCUUGGUGGGAUCCUCGCAACCUCCUCAAGCCCGCCUCAGCACUAGCUAUGUCCGUCCACGAAAAGAUCUGGCCCAACCGCGCAGCAGACCCAGACAAGGAAUACGUGAUAGAGAGUGCAAUGCCAUUCCUCCACGACGUCUGGGUCGGCGAGCGCGGCGAGUCGUGGUAUCUCGCCUUCCUCGGCGUGGACCCGGACUACCAGGGAAAGGGCAUCGGCAAGGUGCUCACCAGGUGGGGGCUCGACCGGGCCGAGAAAGACGGGGUGGUGGCCUCGGUCAUCAGCGCCCUGGGCAAGAAUGGCUUCUACUACCGCUGCGGUUUUGAUGAGCAGCACCGCAGGGCAACGGACGGCGAGGGGAAUCCCCUCGGCCACACGGAAGGCUCAGAUAUCUUGUGGAAGUGGCCGAGCAAACGGUAACAAAUGUCCAUGCAAAAGAUGCGAGGCACGGUCAAUGAAUGAUGUCUGUUCAUCUCACGUAGACGAGCGUAGUCCCCAAUGGGUUUGUGUCCCACUAUUGGAAAACUAUAGUUCGGCCAAAAUCAGCUCAGUCCUCGUAGGUCAUGAGACUUG